AGGUGGGGGUUGAAAAUUUGGAAUCAACUAAAGCAGAUGCCUUUUUCAGAAUAAAUUGGGUGAGUAGGGCCUUGGCUUUUGAUGAACAUUCACUGCAUUAACUGUGACUACAGGUUCACGAGCAUUUGUUGUAAUCUAAUAGCAUCCCCCAUGUGGGAAGAGCCCCCCUCCAUGGUGAUAUUAAGGAGCAUGAAUGAUCAUUCAAGGCUAGCACUAGGGAGGUCUGAAAAUGAAGCAAAGGAACAAGGAAAAGUUGAUAUUUCACAAUCAAGGACUCCACAUGGCUCUUCCACCAUCACAGAGACAUGGAGGAAUCAAUCAACUCGUCUGCUAGCAGCCUACCGUGCAGCUCGGAGGAGAGUGGAUGGACCAUGUACUUGGAGGACUUCGUUGCAGCAGAAGAGAAAUCUCAGGUUGUGAGUUGCUCUUCCAUCAUCUCUGAUGCUGCUUCAGCUUCAUCAACAAUAGUCGAUGUAUCAGGAGAGUGCAGAAAACUGAGACUAAAGAGGGAGGAGGAUGAUUCUUUGCAAGAUACUGCCUCCUCAUCGUUUAACAGUCCCAGUCCCAAGGUUGCUGAAAAUGAUCACAGUCUUCAGAGGAGGAUACUUAAGUGAGCAAGAACUGAAAGAAGAUGAAGCUGAAUUCAAUUUUAUUGAGGGAACUGAUGGAUAUCUUGUGCUGAAGAAUACUUGUUUAGUUCCUUUGUCCAUGUUAGUACAUUACCAAGGACAAGCCUUUGAUUUGGAUGAUUAACAGACAUGGGAACUCUUUAAUUAGUUGAAAAGGAUUCUGUCAAAAUUGUGCUGAAAACGAUUUACAUGUAUAAAAGAAAUUCUGAAUAAAAUUUUACAAGGAAAAUCGAUUAUUUUUCCUUGUUUAGCUGUGACAA